AUGACCACGUUUGACGACAUCUUAGAAGAAGCUGGGAAGUUCGGCCGCUGUCAGAAGCGGAUCUUCGCCCUGCUGUGUUUGGUGUCCAUGCCCUGGGCCGGCGUGUACGUCGGCAUCGUCUUCCAGGGUUUCACCCCCGAUCACUGGUGUCGGGACUCUGCGGUGGUGGAGAGGAGGCAGGCGUGCGGCUGGAGUCUGGCGGACAGUCGCAGGCUGACGGUGCCGCUGGUCAACAGCUCCGGGGUGCUGCAGCACAGCAGCUGCGAGCAGUACGAGGUGGACUGGAACGCCACCACGCUCACCUGUGACACACAGGAACUGAACCUCAGCAAAACUCCCACGACAACCUGCAAAGACGGCUGGGAGUACGACUACGAGGGAAGAGAGUCCUUUGUUACUGAGUUCCACCUGGUGUGCUCAGAUGGAUGGUUGGUGGACAUGUACCAGGCCACCCUCAACGUGGGCUUCCUGGUUGGCAGCAUCGCCAUCGGCUACCUGGCUGACAGGUUCGGCAGGAAAAUGAGCUUCCUGAUGUCCAACCUGUUGAACGGGAUCGCAGGGAUCCUGGUGGCUGUAGCUCCAAACUACGCAUCCCUGCUGGUUUUCAGGACGUUGUACGGGUUCGGGGUGAAGGGAGGCUGGGUGGCUGGAUACGUACUGAUCACAGAGAUUGUGGGGGUGGAGUUCAGACGCACUGUGGGAGUCGUUUAUCAGAUGUUCUUCAGUGUCGGCAUCCUCUUCCUCCCUCUGCUCGCCUACUUCAUCACCGACUGGCGCUGGCUGCAGGUCGUCAUCACCGUCCCCUACAUCCUCUUCCUGUCCUACUACUGGUUUAUCCCAGAAUCUCCAAGAUGGCUCCUCUCACAGAACAAAAAGUCCAAAGCUGUGGAGAUCACCGAGGCCAUGGCCAAAGAGAACAAGAUGAGUCUGUCCAAGAACAUCGAGACUCUGGCGGAUGAUAACGCAGACACCAGCACUGCCUCCUUCAUGGACCUGAUCAGGACUCCAAAAAUGAGAAAACACUCGUUCAUUCUCAGCUACAACUGGUUCACCAGCGCUGUCGUCUACCAGGGUCUGAUCAUGAGGCUCGGCAUUCUGGGAGGAAACGUCUACAUCGAUUUCCUCAUCUCUGGCCUGGUGGAGUUCCCCGCUGCCUUCCUCAUCCUCUUCACCAUUGAACGCAUCGGCAGACGUAUUCCUUUCGCCUCCGCCAACAUCGUAGCUGGAGCCUCCUGCUUCAUCACUGCCUUCAUUCCUGACAGUAUGUUCUGGUUUAAGACGGUGGUGGCCUGCAUCGGCCGACUGGGCAUCACCAUGGCCUUUGAGAUGGUGGUGUUCGUUAACACGGAGCUCUACCCGACGUUUGUCAGGAAUCUGGGAGUGUCGGUUUGUUCCACUCUGUGUGAUGUUGGAGGCAUUGUAGCUCCCUUCCUGCUCUACAGACUCGCUGUCAUCUGGCUCGAGCUGCCACUCAUCAUCUUCGGGUGCCUGGCUUUCCUGGCUGGUGGUUUGGUUCUGCUGCUUCCUGAGACCAGAGGUGUGCCGCUGCCUGACACCAUCGAUGACAUUGAGUUCCCAGAACGAAUGAAGGAGAAAGUUGCUCUGAAGAACCAGCAGCUGACCAACCUGCUGCCCAACAACAACGUAUCGACCAACAAGGAUCCAGCGACGGUUUAAUCUCCCUCUGUGACUCCCUCAGUAUUUAUUGAUGUUGUUUAACAGUGUUGCUCGUGGACUUAUCAGAUGCCUCCACUGAUUUUUGCGCCGGCUGUAUCAAAGUGUUCUGUGUGUCUGGACUCUUAGCGCCCACCAUGGAUUUAGUGUUUAGAUCAACCUGUUGUGUGUCUUUGU